UUGUAUAAUAAAUAUUUAAUUAAAAAAUACAAAUUUUUAUCAAUUUGUUCAAAUGUGCCUAGCGGUUUAGAUAAACCUUUAAAUUCUAUACAUUCCAUCGAUAAAUCAUUCAAUUUAACCACUAAAUAUCAUCUGUAUUAUCAAACUAGAGAUGUAUUAAGAAGGUUAAAUUAUAAUGAUUUUGACAAAUUUCAAUCUGAUGUAUUUAACUGGGUUAAAUCCCGGUACACAAAACGACUUGAUUUGAUUAAUAAACUCAAUAGUUUUGAACAAAACAAUUACAAAUAUGAUCACACAUCAGAUUCUAGUAUUUCUCUUGUAGUUGGUGGUACCAAUUCAGGUAAAACGAGCUCUUAUUUGCUGGCUCUUUCGGAUGUCGUGAAUGACCCAGCCAAUGAGGCUUCUAUGGUAAACAGAGACUGUUAUAGAUCAAAGAUGAUGGUUUAUGGUAAUUUGAAGGGCUACAAAGCCUUUCAUCUUCCUGGCGUUAAAAAAAUAAACGGAAUUCCUAAAUUUAAUUGGAACUCGUAUGUAGUACCUUGCGCCAUCAUAUUGGUGCCUUUCAGAGAAUUGGGGAUGAAUAUACACAAUCUCUGCUCAAAAAUUAACAUUAGAUCGAGUUUGUUGGCAGGUGGAAAAGGUUAUAAAGUACAGGCACAAGGAUCAAUUACAGUGAACUGUGAUAAUGGCAAUGUUGAUGUGGUAAUCGCAACUCCUGAAAUGUUUUACAGGAGUCUAAACGGAAGGUUGGAUAACGUUAAGAUUGAUAUUAAGUUUAUUAAACUCAUUGUAUUUGAGGAAGCUGAUCUGCUUAACGAGGAGGAAUAUCUGGAAAAGAUUAAUGAUAUUAUCAACUUGAUAUACUCAAAUGGGUUGAAUCUACUGUAUGUAUCAAGGUUUAAGACGGAACCGAUGAUGAAUAACCUUGAACAAAUGCUGUCGCUUCAUAUCAACAACGCUGACAGUGAUAUAAACGGCGCUAAGAGUGAAUUGAAUGUUAUAGAAACGCAGGGGGAUAACCUGGAUGAUGUUAAGAAAAUAUUCAUACACACCUCAAAUAGUGACCGUUUGGAGCUACUGAUUGAUCUUUUGCACGAACUAAACGUGCCUAAUAGUGGUAAUAAGACCUCCGAUGCAGUCAUUAACUUUAACCUUUUACAUAGAUUUCUCAAGUAUUCACUUUUGGACCGAGGAUUUAAGGCCAUUAACCUGUUCGGAGGAAUGUACUAUGAUGAACGCACAAAUAAUUUGAAGGCGUUUCAAACGGGAUCAAGCAUACUGAUAACAACUAAUUUUACAGCUAGAUACAAGUUGGAUUGUAAAAUAAAUCAGGUAAUACUGUACGAUUUUCCGAAGGAUUUCAAUGAUUAUGUACACUGCAUAUCCUCAUUAUCCGGGAAGGGAAAAGAGGUUUACGCGUUUUUUAACAACAAAAAUAUGUCACUGGUUAAAGAAAUUCAAGCACACUCUAAAUCGUUCUCAAAGUUCGAAUUCAGGAAUUUAACCCCGAAGCUUAGCAGAAAGCUGCACUUGCACCAGUCGUCUAUACUGAAACGACUGAAAACGAGAGGUGUGAAAGUACCCAAGAAGGGAAGUAAGCUGAUGUCUAAAAAGGGGAAAAUGGCGAAUAAUAAAAGCGUGCUUGGGCCAAGAAAAAAGAAGAUAAUGAAGAAGUAUUAUCUAAUGACCAAGGCAGUUAAAAACCUUGAAUUCCUCAGGAGAAGGGGAAUACUUAAAAAGGAUCAAUUAUUACCAAAGACCCCUGAUAAACACGUUGAGGCAUCCGAUAGUCAAGAAUUUAUUCAAAUGAAAAGAUCUCCAGAUGGGUUUUUGCAAAUAAUACCAAGACGAAGGUCACGUAUUAGGAUUCCACAGGUGUGUUUAGACAAUUCAGAUUAUGAUUAG